GUUUCACUCUGAACAAUGGACAACACUUCACAGGACAACGGCCUCAACGACACAACCAGCAACUACUACGACUACAGCUACUACUAUGACUACUUCAACUACUUCAACUACUCUGACUACAGCAACUACUUCGAAUUUUCUUCCCUCUUUGGCUUUCCCAGUUUUGGUGAAGAUGCGUUCAUCCAGUUUGUGGUGACAUGCCUAAUCAUUUGUCUCGGCCUUCCUUUGACCCUCGCGGCCAUCUAUGGUCUUUUCUCUCUGGUGAGAAAUGGUGAAGUUGCUCCGAUCUACGUCAUCAACCUUCUCAUCUCUGACCUCAUUCAGUUCUGCUGCAUGAUCGCUGAGGUGGCACAGCCUACGGACGUGUACUUGUUCAAUUCUGACUACUGGGAGAUAUUUGAUGCCUUCAGCUAUAUUUACGACUACAAUCUGGUGGUCAGUGUUGGCUUCAUGGUGUGCAUCGCUCUGGAAAGGUAUUUGGUCAUCGUCCACCCACUGUGGUACCGCUGCAGACGAACCAUCAAGUCCUCUGUGCUGAUCUGUGUCUUGGUCUGGAUUCUUCCUGUCGUUUGUGUCCUCACUGAGCGUUUCUCGUAUGGUAACGAGGUCUCAGUCAUUUUUGCCAUCUUUUACCUCCUUCCUCUCCCACUGCUCAUAUUCUUCCUGAUUGCGACCGUCAAAGCCCUGUAUGCUUCCAUCUCGGUCCCGACUGACGAAAAACGACGAAUAGCAGGAAUGUUGAUCCUGGUGCUGCUGAUUUACACGCUGCUGUUUCUGCCUUUCAUCAUUGUGAAUGUGUUCAGCUAUCCACAAGAUGACAACCCAGAUAUUUUCUUUCUCUUUGAACUGGUUCCUAUGUUUCUUAAGUUGAGUCCUCUGGCAGACUUAGUUCUGUAUAUGUUGAUGAGGAAAGGGACCAUACGCCAGCUUUCAGACUGUUUGUGUCGCUGCAGAACAGACAGCAAUGAAAUCAGCUCUGUAACUGUGAACAUGCCUGGAGAGAGAGAUGGAGAGAAUGAUGGAGAGGGCGAAGAGCUAUCAUGA